GUCGGAAGUUGGCCUGUUUGCUGUCUGUGUUUGGGCUUCCCUGUGGGGAGUGUGCGAGCAAGCCUGUCAGCAGCACCGUGGUACCACCAUGACAAUCGCGGUCUACUUCAAUUAGAAGCAUCUGAGUUGAGGGAUGGGAGGUCUGUUGAUCUAUGGAUAUAAUGAAUUCAGUGACCUAUGAUGAUGUGCAUGUUGACUUUACUUGGGAAGAGUGGGCUUUGCUGGAUGCUUCCCAGAAGAGUCUCUACAAAAAUGUGAUGCUGGAGACCUACAGGAACCUUACUGCUAUAGGCUACAAAUGGGAAGACCACAAUAUUAAAGAACUUUGUCAAAGAUCUAGAAGAAAUGGAAGGCAUGAAAGCCAUCCUACUGGAGAGAAACUCCAUGAAUGUAAUCAGUGUGGUAAAGCCUUCUCACAGCAGAGUCAUCUCCAAAUACAUAGAAGAACUCAUACUCGAGAGAAACCCUAUGAAUGUGAUUAUUGUGGGAAAGCGUUUAUACGUUACACUCAUCUUGAAAGUCAUAAAAGAAUUCAUACUGGAGAGAAACCCUAUGUAUGUAAUCAGUGUGGUAAAGCCUUCUCACAACAGAGUCAUCUCCAAGUUCAUACAACAACACAUACUGGAGUGAAGCCCUAUGAAUGCAACCAGUGUGGGAAAGCCUUUGCAUGUUACAGUUAUCUCCAAAGUCACAAAAGAAUUCAUACUGCAGAGAAACUCUAUGAAUGUAAUCAGUGUGGAAAAGCUUUUGCACGUCAUAGUAAUCUUCAAAGGCAUAAAAUAACUCAUACAGGGGUAAAACCCUAUGAAUGCAAUCACUGUGGGAAAGGCUUUUCUCGACAGAGUUAUCUCCAGAUACAUAUACGAACCCAUACUGGAGAGAAGCCCUAUGAGUGCAAUCAAUGUGGAAAAGCCUUUGCACGACAGAGUUAUCUCCAGAUACAUACACGAACCCAUACUGGAGAGAAGCCCUAUGGAUGUAAACAAUGUGGUAAGUUUUUUGCAGAUUACACUUAUAUUAGAGUACAUGAAAAAAUUCACACUGGAGUAAAACUGUAUGAAUGUAAUCAGUGUGGGAAAGCCUUCUCACAACCGAGUUAUCUCCAAGUUCAUAAAAGAAUUCACACUGGAGAGAAACCCUAUGGAUGUAAUCAGUGUGGAAAAACUUUUGCACGUCAUAGAAAUCUUCAAAGGCACAAAAGAAUUCAUACUGGACAGAACCGGCAUGAAUGUAAUGAGUGUGGAAAAACCUUUUCACAAGAGCGUCAUCUCCAAGUUCAUAAAAGAACUCACCUGGGAGAGAAGCCCUGGGAAUGUAAGCAAUGUGGUAAAGCCUUUGCGUGCCACAGUAAUCUUCAAAGGCAUGAAAGAAUUCAUAUUGGAGAGUAACCCUAUGAAUGUAAUCAAUGUCAUAAAGUUUGCAUUUCACCAUAGUCUUUGAAACCAUGAAAGAGUUCAUCCAAGAGUAAAACCUGUCAUGUUUAAUCACUCUAUCUACUAAAGUCUUCAUACAUUAUAGUAGUAUUAAGGACACAAAAGAACUUACACCAAAGGAGAAUCUAUGAGAAUAAAGACUUUAGCCAGCAAAUUUACAUUUAGUUACACAAGAUUAUUUAUGGUGGAGGUAAAACUGACAGAUGUCAACAAUCUAUUCAAGCAUUAUAAUGUCUCUAUUUAUUUAUUUUUUGCACCUAUAAACUCAUAUGGAAAAAAGCCCUGUGGAUUUAACUCGUAAGGCAAACAUUUUAGAUAUCACACUUCUCUUCAAUUACAUGAAAUAAUUCAUCCCAGAGUAGAAUUUAUGGAUGUGUACUACUCUUCCUGUGAUAAAACACCAUGUCUAAGGCAACUUAAAAAGAGCUUAAUUUUGGCUUAUGGUUCCAAAGCUAAACAAGAUCAUUAUGAGAGAAAUAUGCAACCAGUGUCAGACCUGACAGCUAAAGCGGGAAGCUCAGGGCUCACAUCCUGAGCAUGAAGCAUGGGGCGAGAGUGGAAACCGGGAGUGGUCUGAGAAUUUUAUUAUCUCAGAAUCUACCCCCAGUGACAUUUUUCCUCUCACGGGCCGCAUUUUCUAAGCUUUUCCAAAUGGUACCAACAACUGAAAAGUAUUGCUUCUCUGAUUUUGAAGCCUACAUGAUUGCUUUCUGUUAUAUGAACCAAUUCAUGAUGAAGAAAAAACUCUGUAGGGAAGCCUUUAGAUGCCUCAGCAUCUGGGUUACAGGCAAGAAUGCUUAUACAAGAAUAAUAUUCAUGAAGGAAAAUGGUUGUUUAAUGAUUUGUUUUAAUUUUUAUCUUGUUAUGUCAGUGUGUCUUUGGAUAUAGGCAUUGUCUGAUGGUUCCAAAGGAUAGACCCUGCAGUCUUCUGGAUUUCUAGCUGGGAUUACAGGAAGUUGUCCAGAAUCUCACCUGGAUUCUGAGCAUAAACUUUUCUUAACUGCUUGGCCCUGUCUCUAGCCCUGUAAAUAUUUUAAAGCUUUUAUGUAUAAUCGUACCAUUAGGAAAUAGGAAAGAACUCAUACAAAUGAGAAACACUGGGCAUGUAAACACUAUGGUAAAGUCUUUAGACAUCAGAGCUAUCUUCAGUUUCAAGAGAAAAAAAAUCUUGUUUCAUCUCUUUGUUAGCAGAGCCUUGAAGCAAGUUAAAUUGUUUACUAUGUUCACUGAAGUCUGAUGUUGGAGAUCACAGUAUUGUGGUUUGUAGUUUGAAACUUUUGGAGUAGGUAUUGAAUUAUAUAUGGCAAAUUCACUUACUGAAAUUUAUCUGGUGGUUCAUAUAGUCCUUUUUGACUUCAUCUUCUGUUGUGAUCUGACUUGGAGGUAGGUAUUUUUCUGCUGAAACGCACAGAAAGAGAUGCCCAUCAUCUAAGUGGUUCAUUGUUUAUUUAAAUACCUGGCAAAAAGCAAAGGUGUCUGUGAAAGGGCAGUGGCUUGUUGUUCCUGGUUUGGUUUUUCAAACUUUCACAAACUCCCUUUAGAUGUUGUUUGUUAUCUAGCCUGGCUCAGAUGCCAGUAAUUCACUGGAACUACAUUUGAACUCAUGAUUCUCAUGUGUCAGCCUUCCCAGUCCAAGUCCAAGUGUAGAAGAUAGAUCUCUAAUGUGUCCUGUUUUGACAGUGCAUUUUAACAAUGUUAAUGUUAAUGUUAAAAUGCUUAGUAGAAGUGAAUGUAGGAAACAUUAAAUACCUCAUGUGUGUAUCCAAAGGAAUAUUUUCAUCUAUCUGAUAGAUAAAAUAAAUUAGAAUAAUCAGCAACCAACUGUAUAUCUCACAACAUAGCUUGAUGUGCUAUGGAUAGGUAUAGAUUAUUUGGACAUUUCUGCCUCUUCAUGAUCCAAUUUUUACUCGUUUGGCACUCCAUCUUGAAGUAUUGCCUCCUAAAGCAAUUUUCUAGAGAGGCCAGAUAAUGUAAGGGCAAUGAGAUUUAUUUUCUAAAACAGUUUUGUUAUGUCUGUGGUGUAAUGUGAUUAUAGGUUUGAAUGGAUGACAGAUACGUUGGGACCAGAAGAAAACUUUGUGGGGUUUCUUUUGGCCCUCUUCACAUGGAUCAAGGUCAGGUUGCCAGCCUUGCACACCAGAGACAUUUUUUUUUCCUGAUGAGGCAUCUCAUUAGUGCUCAAAUAAGAUUAGUAGAAACAUUAUAUCAUAAAACACCUAUUCAGAUUGUAAACAUAUUGUCAUUUAAUCAGGAUAAAGGAACAGUAUAAUUUGAAUAAUGAAUCCUAUUUGCAAAUAAAUAUAUUUA